AUGCCGCCAGAUCGACAGACCCGCACCCAGCGCAUAGUUCGCGUGCGCACCGGCUGCUGGUCUUGCAGGCGCCGCAAGAAGAAGUGCGACGAAGUCCGCCCCAUCUGCGGUGGGUGCACGCGCAAUGACCUAAGCUGUCUCUGGCCCACGACUGUACCCGGCAAAAGAGGAUCUAGACCACCCGAAGAAAUGCAAGGCUUUGCUGCCGAUGGACAGGAGUCUGAUAUCCUUCAAAGCGUCGAUGACAUUGAUGCAAUUGAGGUGCCUAGGGCCUCAACCGCAAGGCGACAAUCUGCUAUCUCAUUCGCCUCUAAUCAAUCUCUCCACACUGGCGACCAGCCGGAUGAAACCGCCUCACCAAAUCUCGCGGACCGACGUCCUUCAAUCGCUAGCUAUGCAAGUCACAGCGAUGGAGGACUCAUUUCUUCCAUGGCUGUGGGGAAUGUCUUGCCCCGGAAUUUAUCUAUGUUACCUGGCUAUGACUCUGAGUCUUACCAGCUUCUGAGCCACUACUUAGCCAAUACAGCGGAUUGCAUGGCGAAUGGCUCGACACCUAUCAAUCCAUUCUUAGUCCAGAUUGUGCCACUUGCGUUCACGAGCGACCUGCUCUUGCAAUUAGUGCUCACCCAAAGUGCAGCACAUCGCGCCUUCCGACAUCGAGAUGAGUCCGAUGCUAUCGCCCACAGUCACUACACGAAGGCUCUUCAGCUUUUUCGACGUGGUGUGACAGAAUUUAUCGACGGCAAAGAAUCCAAUCCGUUGAUGCUUCUAGUGGGAGCUCUCGUGAUGUGUUUUACUGAAACAGCCAAAGGAGAUGUGAACGGAACUGUUUUUGAUCAUCUGUCAGCAGCCCACUCACUUCUGGUUAAGCUUCUCGAACAAAGCGAUGCCGCAGUUCCCCGAGAUCUGAAAGAUUUCGUAAUCGAAUAUUACACAUACACAGCGACCGUGAGCAUGAUUUCAAUUGAUGCUCGCUUCAGUGGACAGCUCUUCCUCAACUUCGACCUCGAACAACGUGCUCGCCACCUUCUCGCUUCACAGUAUGUGGGGAAUUUGUGCGGCUGCUGGCUAGAGCUUUUGUUGUUGAUUCCGUCCAUCUUUGAUCUCGGCCGACAAUGGAUGAUGGAAGAUGCACAGGCUCCUGUGCCAACCGCAGAUGACAUUGCAAUGUUUGCAUCCUUGCAAGCUCAGAUCCUGCGCUGGUCGCCAUAUCCCUCUGUUACGCCAGAAGUUCAUCUAGCUGGCCUCAUUUUCCAACAAGCGAUGCUUGCCUACCUCUACAUGUCAUUGCAAGGGUUUCGAUACACACCUGACGGAAUGUAUCAGGGGCUAAUCAACGCCGCCGCAACCGAGGCAAUGGUUUACUUGGACGAAUUGACACCUACUGCUCGCAUAAACUCUGGCUUAUGUUGGCCAAUCGCGGUAGUUGGGUCGUGUCUUAAGGACUCAGAGCAGCAGGACGGUCUCAAACGAAGGUUGAAUGCCAUGGUUGACAAAUUCGGCCUUGGUAAUAUGCAGCGGACUUUACUUCUACUUGAAGCCAUGUGGCAACGACCAGCAGCUCAAUCCGGGCCAUGGAAUAUUUGCCAAGCGAUGCAGCAAAACCAAAUCUGGAUCUCAUUCGCCUGA